CAAUAAAGACCUGACGGGUCCUCUACCAAAACGCUUUGUGAGUGGUUCCUGACGUACCCGCUCUAUAGUUAGGUACACUAGCGCAGUACACAUGUGUCGAUAUAGUCAAUACUAUUGAUUAUAUUGCACUCGAUCUUACUGGUAUCGGUAGAUGAAUACCAUAUCGAAUGUGAUCAUAUUUCAUUUGGACGUACCAGAAAACAUUAACAACACAGGACAACUGGAAAAUACUGUUGUCCGAAAGGUUUAAGCGAAUUGUGCUAACAGUCGAAGGUAUUGCGUUACAUUUUCGUGGAACUCAUAGGACUGAAACGUCACCAGUGAAUUUGUAGUGUGUUUUAGUAAGAUAUCUGAAAACAAAGGGGAUGCCUGGAAGUGUAUGUCAGCUAAAGUAGAGUGGCGUUCCCGGAAUAAGCAGAGAAGGAACUAUGGCAGAAAACGUGAAGGUGGCAGUCCGAGUGAGGCCAUUUAAUGAGAGAGAGAAGGAGAGAAAUGCCACUCUUAUCAUCAAGAUGGUGGGGAACUCUACGGAAAUUCGUAAUCCCGAAGACAUCAACGCUGAGCCGAAGAAGUUCAAUUUUGACUUUUCCUAUUGGUCUCAUGACGAGUACACUGAGCGCCCGGAUAAAUACAUGGAACCUGCGGGAUCGAAAUAUGCUGAUCAGAAACGUGUAUUUGACAACCUAGGCAGAGGGGUGCUGGACAAUGCAUGGAAGGGCUACAACUGUUCUCUGUUUGCGUACGGCCAGACCGGAAGUGGGAAGACGUAUUCAAUGGUCGGGUACCAAUCCAACAAAGGGAUCGUCCCAAUGGUCUGCAUAGAACUGUUUAAUGGUAUCGACAAAAAGCGGAGUGAUACUGGUGAUGUUAAAGACAAGGGGGUGUAUGAGGUGAUGAUUAGUAUGUUAGAAAUAUACAACGAACAAGUUCGAGAUUUACUGAACUCUAAAUCUAACAAGAACAAGGGAAGCAUGAAAAUCAAGAGUGACCCGAAGAGAGGCUUCUAUGUUGAGGCGCUUACGACAUCACUGGUGAACAGUUAUCCCGAGAUUGAAAACAAAAUCAAUGAAGGCACAAAAAACAGAACAGUAGCGUCGACAAAUAUGAAUGCAACGAGUAGCCGCGCUCACACCAUUGUGGCCGUCCACUUCAAACAGGUGACUAAAGACGGUAAAGGCCAGAGUAUGACCAAGACGUCGGUCAUCAACCUUGUCGAUCUAGCCGGCAGCGAGAGGGUGGCGAGCACUGGAGCACAGGGGGACAGGCUGAAGGAAGGAAGCAGUAUCAAUCAGUCGCUAAGCUCACUCGGAAAUGUCAUCAAUGCUCUUGCUAAAGCAAAACCUUUCAUUCCAUACAGAGACUCUGCCCUGACAAUGUUGUUAAAGAACGCUCUUGGUGGCAACAGUAAGACAGUUAUGAUUGCUGCACUAAGUCCCGCAGAUAUCAACUACAAAGAAACGCUAUCCACUCUCAGAUUUGCUGAUCGAGCAAAAGCGAUCAAGACCACAGCGACUGUCAAUGAGAAUCCCACAGAUAAACUCAUCCGAGAACUCCGAGAGGAAAACGCGCGGCUACUGAAGCUUUUGAAAGUGGGAGGAAUAAACGCUUUACAAGGAGAAGGCACAGAAGCCACAAGUGAGGAAAAACGGUUGCUUGAGGAACAGUUACAACAGAACCAAAAGGAAAUGGAGGAAAUGAAGCAAUCCUGGGAACAACGACUUGAGAAAGCACAGAAAGAAAACCAGGCAAAGAUUGAAGAUGAAAAGAGGAUAGAGGAACACAAGAAAGUUACGCCACACUUUUGGAACCUAAAUGAGGAUCCGGCACUUAAUGGCAUGGUGGUCCACUUCUGCGAUAAAGGAAAAGUUUUAAUAGGGAGCAAGACAGCAGAAUCAGAUGCAGACAUACCACUUUCAGGUCUUGGCAUCCAACCCAACCAUGCAGAGAUUAUUAACAAAGAUGGAUCAGUGCUUAUACAACCGGUUGAUACCGCCAAAGUGACCGUCAACGGUCAGAAAAUAUUAGCCGAGACCAGAUUACAUCAUCAUGACAGGGUACUGUUCGGAGCGAACGUCCUUUACAUUUUCCAUCACCCUGUAGAGGCCACAAAACAAUCUGAAAGUGGAAAUAAAGUACAUAUCCCAACCUUUGAUGAGGCACAACAGGAGCUAGCUAUGAUGUCUGGUCUUGUUUCAAAAGACGGCACGUCGAAAGAGGACCUGAUAUUACAGGAGGAAGUCACACAGGUACUGCGGAUCAUGAAUGAAGCCAACGCUAUGUCUGAGGAAAUGGAUAAGAAAGUGAAGUUUGAAGUCGCUUUACUAGCUCCAGCGUUCCGCAGUCUCCACAGAGGACCUACUGAGGUACGGAUGAAGGUGAAGGACCUUACUACUGGUAAUCACUGGAUGUGGACCAAAGAUAAGGCCAUACACCGCAAUGCCCUCAUGCAGCAGCAGUACCAGGACUUUAUCUCCAAGGACGAGAACUGGCGUGUUUCGAAGGAAGACGAUCCCUUUUGGGAGCCUGCUGAUACAGAAGUAAUGGUUGGUGUAGCACAUUUCAGCCUGCUGUCCUUGGCUUAUAAAUGUAGUAUAGAGGAGAACGCCGACAUUCAUGACCACAAGACGCAGAUCAAAGGACAUUUACAGUUGGAGGUGAUUCCAUGUGAUAACAACAAGCAGCCGCUCGGUGACAUUGCUCUUCUCGAGGAUACGGCGGACUUGGUUGGCAAAGAUUUGACAUUCUUGUUGAAAGUGAACGGGGCUCGGGGAUUACCUACAAAUAUCAAACAGUCAUUUUGCAAAUUCAAGUUUUACCUUGAUAAUGACUACACACAAACGAAGGAAUCAGUAGGGACAACUCCUGAUUUUGACUUUGAAAAACUUUAUGUACAGAAUCCUGUCACACAACAGUUCUUGAAUUAUUUGAGAGAUCGUCAUCUGGUUAUCGAGGUUUGGGGACGGCAGAAGGACGACCAGUUGGUGUCGUCGAAAGGAGACACGGGUCUGCUUCCAACAAAGGAUCUGAUGAUUCGAGAAAAGACUUUCAUAGGAAAAUCCGCAUUGGAAGAUGGAGACACGGGAGAAAAGAAGAAGAAGAAAAAGAAAAAAAGGAAAAAGGAACAUGAUGAUGAAUCAGACAUGGCGAAUAGUAUAGUUAUUCCGGUACCGAUACCUGCUGGGCGGGACAGUGGCAGAGAUAAUAUGUCUACUAUGACACGGGAAGAAGAAAAGAAGUUGAAAGAUGAACUAGCUCAACAUGUGGCAAAUGAGCAAAAGCAAUUAGAAAAAGCAAAACAGCAAUCUGAAACAAAACUGAAGGAGACAAUUGAUGCUCACAAAGCGGAAAUGUCUCAGAAGCUUCAGGAGAUAGAAAGCUAUAAAGGUAGAGGGAGACAACUACACCAGGAAAACAUGGAGAACAAGAAGACACUGGAGGCUGUUAAGGAGCUGUUGAAUAGGACACGGGAAAAAGGCAAAUCGAGUAUAAAUGUAUCCGACUUAGCGAAGGCGUUGGACGAUCCAGUGGCGGCACAGGGAGAAGAACUAGGAGCUAAUACAUCUAAAGCUUGUGUCUUACAAUAAUUUUACAAUCGUGACACUCACAUUCGUUUAUACCCUUCAUGGUCUACAAUUACCGCAAUAGUAUGACGAUUAUAACUAGGACCAAGUUAUUUCAUUAUUAUUCAUCUUUUUGGCCUUCUGUCCGACUAUUUGGUAAUAAAACCCAAGAUUAUUUGCAAGACGAGGAUAGAGUGUUCCAUUUUUUUUUUGGUUUCUAGAGUAUCUAGUGAAAAGGACAACGGUAAAAUAACUUGACCAAUAGAGACGUAUUCUGUCAACUACAACCCCAUGCACUAAUGUCCGGUAGGAGGAUUACUAUAGGACCUAGUAUGGAUAAAUAGCCCCUCUGGGUGAUAAUAGGGAAAGCACAACGUGCAUUUAUUGAUUUUUUUAUUGACAUUUUAACAAAGUUUCAUGGUGAAAAUAAGGUGUCACUUAGAGCAGAAUUAAAAACAACUGAUUUUUAUUACAUUGUACUGAUGUUAUAUCGUAAAAACAAAUCUAAAUAAUUGGUUUUGACUAAUUUAAUGUUUUUAAAGGAUAUUGAAUUUAUUUGAACUGCGAAAUGAAACAUGUCAUAUUUUGCUGCCCCUCCUGUGACCCCUAAUAUCUCAAAAUAUGUCAAACGGAAAUAAUUCAAUAAUAACAAUGUAUAGCAAUUUAUGUAGGUCUGGUGUAAACGCAUCGUCAUCAAAAAUUAAAAUGCGUAUUGGUGUUGGUCUAUAAACGACCUAUUAUUGCACCAUCCCUUUCACUUAACCCUUUUCAUACAUAAAUAGCGAAGUUAAAUUGACUUUUACCUUAAUGUUUUUAUUUAUUACAUUUAUAAUAGAAAGAUUAUAAACGACAAUCAACAUUAUGAUUACAUUUUUGUUCCUGCGUGACAAGAAUUGUCUAGACCAAGUAGUCAGUACAGGUAGCAGGUGUUGUAAAUGCGUACGAAGGUUUGAGAGGUUUUUGUCCAUUCAAGACAGUAUUUUGUCCAUUCAAGUGCCCUUAAUGACUUACAUUGUCGAUGGGCCGUUAAACAAUACAAAAACAAUUGUGCAUCAAGAGAGCUAUUUGUGAAGAGGAUAUUUUUGUAAAUAAAGAAAAAAGAAAAAAAAGGCUGCAUUGUUAAUAGUGUUUUCCCUACUACAUUGUAUAAUUAGGUUAGACAGGAACUAUAGUUGUGAACGCUUCUAGCAGCAUUACCUGUGUAAGUUUAUACUACUUUGUUAAAUGCGUUAGCAACUAAUUAGGUUUGUUGGAGAGUGUCAGUCUUCCUCUCUCUCCUCUAUCUAUCGAAACUUUCUAGCUAUAGUCAUUGACUCGAUUCAUUUGGUUUAUUGAAAAAAGGAACUGAUGCUUUUCCUCCUAAUAUUGUACAAAACCGACUCACGAAAACCAGUUUGAUACUAACAUAAACAACAAAAUAACUCUAAUUUUAUAUAUCGUAAAGCGUAGUAAAGGUAGUGUUUUAAAUGUAUUUUGAUACCGCUUAUUCGUGCAUUGCGAUCAAUCACAUAUAUAUUUGAGGCAAAAAGCAAAAGAACUU